GUGACCUCCAAAGCCAUCGCCGUCAUUGCUAUGAAUGUCUUGAAUUGCGGUCAGAAUUCCCAUGUUCGUGUUUACCAUGCCACGCUCUCGCAUGUUCCCACGCUCUCGCAUGUUCCCACGCUCUCAUAGCUAAUCCGCCGCCCUGUGGUCUCUGGAAGACUCUUUUCUCGGGUCAACCUAUCGCCUCUCGUGCCUAAAGAAGGUAAAAUAACCUCGGUCUGACAAGCAGCACUCUGAUUCAGACUCAUACUCAGACAUACGAGUACUCAUAUUGCAAACCCAGAGCCAGAGCCAGAGCCUCGACUGCUGCCGUGUUUCUUCUACUCACUUUGGACCCUCAUCAGACUCAUCACGGAUUCACAUUGCGGCUGGUCCCAAGGUACAGUACCUACUGGGCCGCCUCCACCGGUAGCGGUGACACUACCACACGACGGUGCUAGCAGCACAACAGAAUACCUGGCUCAUCACUACCUAUACCAUCCGUCAUUGGCAACACGACCGUCCCUUCCUCCAGUCCUCUUACGGACUCACCAGAUUCGCCCGGCAACCCACGCCAGCUAGGUAUCGUGAGUUGGUACACCAUUCGGGAGCCACCCAAGCCGAUAAUUUCUAAAUCCCGUUAUUUCCAUCCCGGGACCGGGGCAAGAAGCCCUCGUCCGACCAGCCGGAAAUCGUCAAUCGUUACACUCAACAAGCCCAGAGAACAUCUUCAUCUUGCAGCUGUGGUGUGCAGAUUGUGCUAAGGCCAAGGGCCCAUCUGCGAAUUCGGUCAGAGGCUCUGAAAGACUUCGCUGCGGUGCAAUCGCCCGACUCCUCGCUCUUCUCACCGGCCCCCCUUUUCGCCUUUUCGUGACCCCGCCAUGUCGACCCCUGAUUCGCUUCUUACUCCCAUAGGUCAGUCAGUACCUGAGAAAACUCAGAUCUUUUUGGUUCAUUUACCUUGGCCUACUCGCCAAUGAUUUUCACCCGUGUUCAAAUGGCUCGACGACGUUGAUUUAGGGCUGGGUGACCAAGAUGAUUCUGCCUCGUACCCCAAGAUGUAUCAAAAUUUCUCCCAUUUCUACCGAUUUCAUCCCACCCUCUAUGUGCGAGUCAGGAAGCCCUACGCAACCAUCCAGCCGUUGUGAAGUCAACAUUGCUUGCAACCCCACACUAAAGUGAUAUUUGUACAGCACAGCUUGCAUGGCGCUCAGCCGUUGGAAGGUGCUGACGAAUCUUAAUUGCUAACGCUGUUUAUAGGAUAUCAAAAUAGUAGUUGCGGUUAUUGUCAUAAUAAAUCUGGAAGUAGGUCUCAAAAACGUAAUCCUCUCCUACCUUUUGUCAUCAAGUCACAUAAGAUGGAAGCUUCCCGCGGUCUACUUCUUUAUUCUCUCUUCUUAAGGCUAGUCCAUAAGGAGUUUUACACCUAACCCAAUCAGGACUUUAUUUACUUUUUGUUUACAGGUUUUUCUUACUAUGCAUCCACGAGUUCGUUGACUCCUGCAUUAUACCAAGAUCUCCUCGACCGUGGGUGGAGGCGAUCAGGAACACUUCUCUACAAACCCGACCAACGAGCAUCAUGUUGCCCCCAGUAUACCAUUCGUCUUGAUUCAGAAUCCUUCCAACCCUCCAAAGACCAACGGCAAACAUGGAACCGCUUUAAUAAGCACAUCCUUGGGGAUUCUUACAUCAAAGAAGCCGCAAAGUUGUAUCCUCUGUCACGCGAGCAAGCCAAAAAACGCAACACUGAAUUUAAUUUGGUAGAACGCGUCCACGAGAGCGAGAAGGACUUACUGAGAACUCCACCUGAUCCCGCCCACGCUCUGACGAUUGCUCUUGAGUCUGACAGUCUCACAGCCGAGAAAUAUGCACUGUUUGAGAAUUAUCAACGUAUCGUUCACAAGGAACCACCAAGUCGAAUCAGUAAAACGGGUUUCAAGAACUUCUUAUGUUCAUCACCUCUGCCGAGGAGUAGUGUGAUUGUUGGUGGGCGUGAACUCAAGCUGGGGUCUUACCAUCAAUGCUACCGAAUUGAUGGGAAGCUGAUAGCUGUUGGUGUUCUCGACCUUUUACCAAGUUGUGUUAGUGCCGUCUACUUCAUGUAUCAUGAAUCGGUUCACGAAUUCGGCUUUGGGAAGUUGGGCGCCUUAAGAGAAAUUGCCUUGGCGAAAGAAGAUGGGUAUAAAUGGUGGUAUGCUGGCUUUUAUAUUCACAACUGUGUGAAAAUGAAGUACAAGGGCGAUUAUACACCCCAAUAUAUGCUGGAUCCGGUUUCAUACAACUGGGAUCUAUUGGAUGAUGACUUGAGGAGCAAAUUGGACAAGAGGAAAUACCUGAGUCUUUCAGAAAUGGCCAAUAACCAAGAAGAUGACCGACCAGAUACCCAACAACCUUCACCAAAAGAUAACGUCGAAGAUCAAAUAGACGACGCCGAUAACUCAGACGACGAAGAUCCUCCUGUCCCCAAUCCAGAACUACCUCUCUUCUCACGAUCUAUGCCGGGACUUCUUAGCAGAGAACAGUUGUUGACGGAAGUUGACCUCGAUCAUAUCAAAUUAAAAGUCCGCGGACAGCAGGCACAGACCGGUGACUUGAUGACUUGGGAUGGGAGUGAUAUUGAUAACGCGCAAUCUAUCAAGGGGAUCAUUGCGGGACUUGUUUCUGCGGUUGGAACGAAGGUUGCGAAGGAGAUGGUGAUUGCUUUUGGUUAGAGGGUAUGAUAGAGAGUCGGAUUUCUAGGGAUGAGUAGGAGGAUCUCGCAACAAAGAAUUUUCGAAAGCGAUGAGGGAAAGAGUAGAUUGAAUGUGUGCAAUAAUGAGCAUUGAGCGACAAAUAGUGAGAAGUAUUUCACAUAUAAUCUUCUAAGAGAGAAAAUCUCUUGAAUUUCGGGUAUGUAUGUCUGUAGCUAUCGACGUCACCACGUAAGUAAGGGUAGUAGGUAUGGUAAUCCACGAUUCAACUCUCC